AAAGUCGCUGCUACCUCCCUCCUCUCUCUCUCUCUCUCUCUCUCUCUCUCUCUCUCUCUCCUCCUCCUCCUCUCUCUCCUCCUCGUUCCCUUUCUCUCUCCGUGUGCCUCCCUCCCUCUCCACACGUCUGUGGUCCAGGGCUGCAGCGGAGCAGAAGAAGCCUCAGUGACCGACAGAGGGGCUCCUCCUCGGGUACAGGCGAGCCGUCAUGCUCCGGUCAGCGGGGGAGGGGGAGGUUACCGCUGAGGAGCAGGAGGAGGCUGGUUAGGAGAGGGAGACAGAGAGGAGGAGGCUUUAGUUGAUGAAUUAAAUGUCUCUCGUUCUCCGCCUGCAUCAUGCUCUACUUCCAGCUGGUGAUCAUGGCCGGGACCGUCAUGCUGGCCUACUACUUCGAGUACACGGACACGUUCACGGUGCACGUCCAGGGCUUCUUCUGCUACGACACCGCCUACACCAAGCCCUACCUGGGCCCGGAGGACAGCAGCGCCGUGCCCCCCGUCCUGCUCUACGCCCUGGUGUCCGGGCUGCCCACGCUGCUGAUCACAAUCACGGAGACCGUCCUGUUCCUCGUCCAGUACACGUCCAAAGAGUUUGACCGGUCGGAGAAGACGGUGGCCAUGGGGGACUGCUGCUACCUCAACCCGCUGGUACGCAGGACCUUCCGCUUCCUCGGAGUCUACAUAUUUGGCCUCUUCACCGUUGACAUCUUUGUCAACGCGGGACAGGUGGUGACAGGGAACCUGGCUCCGUACUUCCUGACCGUCUGUAAACCCAAUUACACGGCCCUGGGCUGCCAGCAGGCCCUGCGCUACAUCAGCCACCAGGAGGCCUGCACGGGAAACCAGGACGACAUUAUGAGGGCACGCAAGACCUUCCCCUCCAAGGAGGCCGCCCUCAGUGUCUACGCUGCCCUCUACCUGGCUAUGUACGUGACGUGCACCGUGCAGGCGAAGGGAACUCGUUUGGCCAAACCAGUGCUGUCUCUGGGGCUCGUGUGCCUGGCCUUCCUCACGGGUCUGAACCGUGUGGCCGAAUACCGCAACCACUGGUCGGACGUCAUCGCUGGCUUCAUCAUCGGCACAGCCAUCGCCACGUUCCUGGUGGUGUGUGUGGUUCAUAACUUCAAAGGCAAGUUGCUUCUGAGCGGGGAGUCUCCAGACGAGCAGCGAGCCAACACAGCCAUGCUGAACAUGAGCCAAGUGGAAAGUCCUCUGGAGAAGUACAUCGCCUCACAGAAUCACAUCGCCUUCGCAGAGGUCACAUGACGUGGAGUCGGCCGUGUGGCAGACCCACUGGACGUCCACGCUUUUCACCGUCCAGCCCAAUUAACCCGAGUGCAGCGCUAAAGCCGUCCCGUGUGUGUGUGUCUGGUCUGCCGUAUGUUGCUCUGUGUUCUAUGUGUUUGCCAGACUCCGCCCCCCCCCCUCCGCCGUCCGUCACCUGCAGCUACCUGUGUACGAGGAAAGUAAUGAAGAGAGAGAGGAGUCGGUCUGGAACUGAGUGGGGCUGCUUGCUUCUGCUUCCUCCAUCUAUGCACUUAUCCCCCGCCCCCCAACCCUCUUCAGACUCUCGCCUCCUGAGUGAAGCUUUACCGUGAGCCGGACUAGUGGGAGGCUGGAACGAACGAAGACCUGGAUGAACCAUCUCAACUGUGCCUAGAACAAAUAUUGUGUAAUUUUCUGUGUGAAACUAUCCUCAUAGACACGAGUAAGCUGAGUUAUUUCAGAGCGAACUUGAGCUCUUCGCCCGUAUUUAUCAAACGAAAAUGUGCUUUCGAGUCACAGCAUCAAAGUGUAACCUGCUCCAAAGACAUGAAGUCCUGUGUGAUGUUGGUAAGAGGGGGAUGUCGAACACGGAAAUUUGAUCAGAUAUCCACUACAAGCUCAUUUUUAAGUGUAGCACCUUGAAGAUGUGGAGGUGGUUUAUGAGGUUGGGUGGAUCUCUUUCAGAGUGCAUCUCUUGGAAAGUGUACUGAUAAAUAUGGGCUGAAGAUGAAGCAGCAAAUUAGGAAAAUCUGCAAAUGAUUCGUUUUUUGUUUUUUUUAAAUGCAUAUUUUGUGGACACCUCAGUGAGAUGUGUGUAUGUCUGUGUGUGUGUGUGUGUGCUACAAUACUGUGUAUCAGUUUAACCAAUGAAAACACUAUGACUGUUUUCAGAACUGGGUUCAUUCUUUGCGGCUCCAGACAAUCACCACCUCCCCCUCUAUCUGCUCCACCCAUGCAGUCAUUCACUGGUCAGGUGAAGUUCUGCUGUGCCACAUGUGGCUGCAGUUACUUUUAUUUUGAAUUAGUUUCACUUAAGUUUGCACAAAACAAUAAAUAUGAAGCCAAUGAUUUAUUUUCCCUGCAGCCCUAGAUGUACUGUAUUUCCAGAAUCCCUGAAGAACCAUCUGGUCAAAGAAAUAAAUAAAUAAAAAAGAUGCACCAUUAUGCAAAUGUAGACAGAGAGAAUCUGAAGAACAUUAAUAUCCUUUGCAGGCAGGUAGCUUGUUCCAGCAUCUUGGAAGACUCGCCACAGUUCCUCUCAGUCUUCUGCCUCAGUCUUAAUUUAAUCCCAGACUGACUCCAUGAAGCUGACAUCAGACGGUGUGUCCCUGGGCACCUUGUCCUUCUUGUAAACUUGCUGUCAUGCUGUAGAGAUAAUUAGAGGUGCUGGUAAUUCACAAGGAGCUAAACCUCUCAAGCUACGAAACACUUUUGCAUUGCACCAUAUACAGAAUAUAUAUUUGUAUUUACGUGUAUAGGAUUCUGGAGCAACAGUGGAAUCAAAAAUCACCACUUGCUCACAUUGAUCUGUGUUGUAGAUGUUAAUUUUAAAUGGAUGAAAUGAACAUUCUGCUCAGUGACCCAGAGUAAUAAAUCUAAACUAUGUUUAUUGAAAUAAUAUAAUUUUAAUUGGACCCUAAACUCUAAAGAACUGCUCCAAACCUUCAAAAGAGGUCGACAUGCGUUGACCCCAUGUGCUGCUGUGGUGGAACUGUUGGGUUUCUCUCUCAUCUUUUCUGAGAUGCGUAUAUAUAUUUAUCUACAGUAUAUAUGUGGUGCUGUUAUGACCACUUUAAAUACGCUUCUGAAGCUUCGAGUCUUUGGGCCCUGACCCGGGACCUUUCUGCCUGACUCGGUUUGCAUCAGAAGAAGUGAGCUUGUGUUGAAGUUAAAAAAUCAGCGAAUUGUUGCACAUUGAAGGGAACAGUAAAUGGUUUGCAGCCUUUCAGUGGAGGAGGAGGUGAGUCUGUGUGUGGGCUCAUCGGUUCAACAGUCCUGUUGAAAGGAACUGAGGAUCAGACGGCCUGUGGGACGAAGCUCUGGCCAAGUCUGGCGUUAUUUCACCGUGCUAGUGUUCGCCAGAGGGUGGAAGGUUAAGCGGUGCAUGGGUGGUGUGGGUGGCGUCGGGUAUAGAGCCUGUAUAGACGCUAUAGAUCCUCUCUGCAGGGACUCCUGGUCUGAGGCUGGACUGAGAGGCUGCUGGUCAGAAUUCUUCCUGUAGGUCGUCUGUGAAAAGGUGCGAGGACAUGAGGGGGGAGGUUUGCUCUGAUUGUAGGUGAUGUUUUUUAGUGAUGUGCACCCCCAGGAAUCACAUGCACAGGGUUGGCGUGGAUUGUAACUGGAAGUAAAUGAUUUCAGAGUUAAUGCACAAGCGGUUGUUGGAGAUACAGUAAUCAGAGCUGACAUGAUCAACGACAUGUUCCGAUGUUUGAUUUUUAGUGAGUGACGAUGAGAAGGCAGGUCGUCCUCAAUGUCUCUGGGUUCAGGUGCCAACCGUUAAUCCUGGUUCUAUAUGUGGCUGUGGGCGUUUGAUGCAUGUCAUCCCCCCGUCCAUCUGACCUUCUUUCCCGUGACCUCUGCUCAUUGGCUCUUCUUUCAGACAAAAUAUAAAAAAAGAGAAUAUUACGUGGGUGCUACAGUAUGUUAUGGGGGAGCAUGUAGCAUGUGAGACCAAGCGAGAGCUAAAAGGAGAGUGACAUCCAUCAGCUGAACACAUAUUCUAAUUACUGUUGUGUUGUGUAUUCGUGGAUGAACAUCGUAUCAGUCAUAGUGCCAUGCAUCCCUGUCAGUUAUUCUCCUUUGUAGCAAUAACACGUUGAACUUUCUUUCACACCGGGAGGGGGCGGGGUGGGGGUAGAGGGGGGGUGGAGGUAUAAUUAUUUUGCCCCGUCAGAUUUCUAUUUUUCUAGUGAAGACCGAAGCAGCACUUUAAAUGGAGCUCAUCCUCUCAUCGUUAACGAACAGCUGCUUAGAAAACCGAAUAUUCAGGAACUCUAAACAACAAAUCCUUCUGACAUGUGCAUCCUAAGAGCUGCUACACUAUCCGAGUCUAUUUAAAGCAACAGAGAACUGUAAAAAAAAAAAUUUAAAACAAAAAUUUAAAAAAAGAUAUAUGUUCAGGAUAUAAAUAUGUAUUUCUAUACAGUCCGUUUGGUCAUACUCUGUGCACUGUGUGGGUGUUACUAGGUGUUUCUUUAUUCCUCUGAUAACUGUUUGACUUCCUCAUAUCCUUUCAGUGAAACGUUGUGUUUCAUGUUACAUUUUUGACAUUUUGACUCUUUGUUUGGUGAAUAGUGGCAUCCAUGUUAUUUUUAUAUUUAAAUUACUUACUCUACUAACGUAUUCCAUUUCUGCUGAGAUAUAAAUUAAUGGUGUUUAUCCUCCUCACUUUAUUUCCUCUAACUCAGCUGUUGUUGUUUUUAUAUUUUCAGAGUUAUCCUUCUAAUCAAUAUGACUUCAAACUGUGAUCUUUUACACUGUAGAAAACAACAAAUUUACCGCCUUUGAAUAAAAACAUUGAAAUGA